CUUCUAUUAGAAUAUGACCACCUCUCUCAGCUUCCCCCCCCCCUCAUCCGCAAGCAUAAAUACAGACCAGCGCCCACCCCCAAUCUUCUCCAACCAUCACUCACCAACAUCUCCUCUCUACACCUUCCUAUCUUCAAACCCUCCCACAUCAACAAUCUCAAUCUAAUCCCAAACACCAUGCACCUCCUCCAAAUCCUCGCCGUCCUCGGCGCCACCAUGACCGCCACCCAAGCCUUCGACUGCACCCCCACCCAACUCCACAUCGGAACCAUCGCCGGCUGCGGAACCAACAAGCGCGGUCCGAACUGGUUCGCCUGGUUCGACAACCAGUCGCCCUGCUCGGGGGUCGAUCUCGGCCUCGUCAACUCCUACAACGACAACGGCCUGUGCAAUGUGACUGCCCAGUUCCCCGGUCGUGGCCAAGUCGCCUUCGGGGGCUGCACCAAGCGUCCCGAUACCAUGUCCCAGGCGGGUCCGCCUACCUCGGUGACACUGCAGGACGGAUAUGUUUUGGAUUGUAGGGCUGCUAGUGAGCGCGAGAUUGCUUGUCCCUCGCCUUGUGAUCGUCGGGCUUCGAUUGCGGUUACUAGUAACUACACUUGUACUGAGAGGGAGAUGUUGUGAUGGAUGAUGAGUGGGUAGGGACAGGGGCUGGAGUGUGGUUUGGAUGUGGCUUGGGUUGUUUCCUGGGUACUUUGGGGGAAUGACUGCAUGUGGGGAAUGUUUGAGUCAUGUCUGUCUGCUCUGGUUCUUUUGUUUCUUCCAUCGGUUAUGAAAAUGUUUGCCGGGAUCAGUUGGUCUUGUUGGUUUCGGAACUUGGUGUGGAAGUUCGAAUUAUCUGUCUUUACUGUGUUGAGCGUGAAAAUGGUCUGUGUCCGGUAGGUAGUGC